CACACGGCCAAUUCCCGUGGCUCGCUAACAGCUGGCACAUGUGCCCAUCUUUGAAGACAGGUGACAACUCAGUAUUUCGCCCUGCAACUUUUAAUACCGCGACAAGCUAAGGAACGUCUUCGCCCCCCACCAGCAGUCCGUCCACAUUACCAAUUGAUGGUUUGGAAUAGAACCCGACGGUAAUGGCUCGCUUGGUGAUUGCCGGACUCGGGCAAACGAGACUCCAGAGCUCUUGUUCUUCACACUCGCUUCAUACACUUACGAUCAAAGACACAAAGUCUUGCUACGGCCCCGACGGCGGUGGUCCUGGGAGAGCGUCAUGUGCUUUUACCCACCCGUCGACAAGACGCGCUGGAGACUUAAAGUGCGUACUCUGUACGGAGUACGGAGUACGUAGCUGGUUAAUCCAGUCCACGGCGCCACAUGGACGCGUGGCUGCUUGUCAGCUGGGUCAAAGUGUUCUGGGGAGAAUCGAAGCACAAUUGGGUCAAUCACGUCGGCACCCAAAUUCUCGAGCGUUUUCAGUGCCAGUUGGCCAUGAUUCGCUGCAUCUUCAAUGCAAAGGACGUGUCGCUCCUUUGGUUAGGAACCCCCUUCCUCUCCAUCGGCUGAUCCUGUCCUUUCUCAGCUGGAGGCUGCCCGACCAUUUAGCGCCAGGGAUGAGGGUGUGGCUCAAUGGAUAACCAAAGUCCAAAUUUGCCUUCGCGAGCUGAUCAGCCUGCAAGUUUCCUCUACAAGCAUAAGGGGCGCCCGGACUACAUUCUCGACUUAGAACGCUUCGAAUGCUUUGUUCAUCAUGCCAAAGUGAACAACUUCACAACAAGCUUGGCCGGCCG